GGCUGGAUGGCUGGAUGAAACUGACUUUUGUCAGAUUUCAUGAGGAUGCUCAUAAAAAAUAUUUUUAAUAUUUGGCUCGCGCUUCAAAAAGGUAGGGCAGGCCUGUUCUUAACGAUUAUCAAUUUUCCAACUGCAAUCUAAACUGGCAUAUUAUUUAAAUAUUAAAAUUGAUGCAGAAAUGUAUAGUUUUUUUAUCUGAAAAACUAUCCAAGUUAUUCGUUUUAUGGUAUUGAAAAUAAUAGAAUUUGUGGCCUAUUGCAAACCAAAAAGUUGAUGUUACUAAGAUGCAGUUACUCCAUUCAUCCUCAAUAAUUAAGAAUGAAUGGAUCAAUUAUUGUUUCUCCACCGUCUGUGAAAUGAAUGAAACCGCGACCGCGAGGGCUCCCCCUAAAACAACAACAGAGAGCAUGAUUGAAGUUUUGAUCAUAUUAUCACGAGGAGAGAAAGCGCGAGAAUGAGUCUGCAUCCGAAUGAACCGAGUUGAGAUUGUUGAUAUGGACACUAGAAGCCGGUAUCGUGAACUUGGGCAACGGCAGCGUGGUUUGGUGGAGUUCAGUCUACUCUCGCGUUUUGGCAGAACCGGUUGAUUGGUUGGUUGGAGCGGCUCGUUCGGAUUGGAACUCUACGUUGUGGGGGACCUCUACUGAAAGGGGAGUAGAGAGCAGAGGGGAGACCACUUUAAAUUGUCAUUUGUUUUCAAUUUACGAGCAUUUCGAGCAGUUUUGGAGGAAGUUGCAUUCGGGACUUGGUUCUGGAUUAGUUUGGACAACUUUCCUUGUUGAGAAGAACGACGGUGACGUCAUAGAAUGAUCUCGUGGAUAGCUGGAAGAAGAUAACAAACAAACAUAACAAUAAGGCGGUGGUGGUAUUCGGUCAGUGAUGUGCGUAGUAAACAGAUCUAGAUGAUCUUGUUGUGGGGGCCUGCCUCACUAAGCAACACGUUUAUCAGUGGAAUCUUGAGGCGUUCUUUGGCUUCCAUAAUUGGCGGGGAAAUUACUGAGUGGCCGACUUGAACCCGGGGGGAACGCCAAAAGAGAAAAUGAGCCUGGAUGAGACGGUGGAAGUGGUUAUACCACUGGUGAAAACCAUCACCAGCUUAUCGUUUCGGAAUCUCAACUACACUGUCAAUCAGAAGGGAAGCAAGAAACAGCUGCUGAAGAACAUCUCCGGAACGUUUCGUUCCGGACGAUUGACUGCAAUUAUGGGCCCUUCCGGGGCUGGGAAGUCUUCGCUGUUGAACGCGCUGAGUGGAUUCAAAACACAAGGCAUUACCGGGCGCAUCCUGAUCAACAACGAAGUCGUAGAUAGGCUAAAAUAUCGGCAACUGGUAGCGUACAACACUCAGGACGUGCCUCUCCUACAGAAUAUCACCGUGCAAGAAACGCUUCACUACGCAGCAGACCUGAAACUCUCGUCCAAUGUCACUCGAAUACACAAGACCAAAAUUGUAAACGACAUUGUCGCCUUGCUAGGAUUGGAGAAAUGUGCCCAUAAUCAGGCACGGGUACUUUCCGGAGGUGAACGGAAGCGACUCUCCAUAGGAUUGGAGCUGGUAUCCAAUCCGAAGUUGUUGUUCUUCGAUGAACCCACCAGUGGUCUGGAUAGUGAGUCUUCCUACCAGGUGAUUUCCUACUUGAAAGAUCUGGCCAAGCAGGGUCGAUGUGUGGUUAGUGUGAUUCACCAGCCUAGUUCGGAACUGUUGGAGUUGUUUGACGAUAUCUACGUGGUGGCAGAUGGACGGUGCAUGUAUCAGGGAGCGCUGGAGGAUAUGAUCGGAACGUUGGCGAGUGCUGGCUUUGAAUGUCCGCAGUACUACAAUCGAGCAGAUUUCGCAAUCAAAGUGGCUUCCACCGUCAACACCGACCCGGAGAAAAUCAAUCCUCUCAUGAAACAGAUGGAAUCCAUAAGCAACGACCAGCUGAACGGCUUCCACGAUGAACUGAACGACAGCGAAAAGCUACUGAACGAAUCUAGUCGACGGGGUUCGAGUCCCCAGUAUCCGAUAUCCCAGCUUCGCCAGUUUCUAAUUCUGACCCGACGGACGGCCCUGGGAACGAUCCGAAAUCUCACGCUGACCCGGCUUAGGUUACUGGGUCACAUAAUGUUCGGCUUAAUUGUUGGAUCGGUGUUCUACGACGUUGGGGAUAAUGGCGCCAAGGUGCUGGCGAAUAUUAGCUGCUUGAUAAUGAUACUGAUGUUCAUAGUGUUUUCUAAUUCUAUGACGGUGGUGCUCACCUUCCCAUUGGAGAUGGGAGUAUUCGUGCGGGAGCACAAGAACAAUUGCUACUCGGUGGCUGCGUACUUCUUUUCGAAAAUUGUCGCCGAUUUUCCGUUGAUGCUGUUCGGUGUGACCUGCUGUCAACUGAUAGCCUAUUACUUGACUGGGCAGCCAAACGAAACCGAGCGGAUAGCGAUGUUCUGGGGAAUCUGCGGUCUGAUGGCAUGGACGGCACAGAUGUACGGAAUGGUGGCCGGAUGUCUAUGUCCGGUGGAGGUUAGCCCUUUUGUGGUGCCGAGUUCGAUUGUUCCGAUGGUGUUGUUCUCCGGGUUCUUCAUCCGCUAUGGCGAGCUGUUGGAUGCCUACAAACCGUUGACUUAUGUGUCCUACUUUCGAUACGGAUUCGAAGGAUUGGCGUUGGCCACGUAUGGUUUCAAUCGGACGGAGAUCGGAUGUGAAGAAAUGUUUUGCUACUAUCGGAAGAGCAAGAAAGUGUUGGAACUGUUGGAGAUUCAAAACUCAAACUACUGGUUCGACGUUGCAGGGCUUGGGGUGUGGAUCACAGUUUUGCAUGUGUUACUGUACGUUAGUUUGAGGUUGAGACUUAAGUGGACCCAGUAGAGAAGCGAAUGGAUAGUCAACGGUGCUUUAAGUUCUAGGUUAAUGUUAGGAAAAGUCACAUGAAAAUCUGUCUCGAAAGCAUGAAUCUGUUACUAAUGUUACCUCGAAGUUUAUGUAGAUUACACGCUCUAGUUGUAAUUUAGCACAAACUGCCACAGACUUUACCUGUACUAACAAUUUAAGAUAAGGAACAAAAAAUGAGAUGAAUAUAAAUAUACGUUGAUAAA